AUGUUAAGACCGCACACGUACCGACCGCUAUCCCGGGGACUGUCCAAGACUUCGGCGUCGCUCACACGGUCAGCACCAUGCGCAGGCAGACGGAGCCUGGCCACGGCCGUCGCUGAAGAGAGGGACCCCGCCGAACUCGACCAGAUCACCACCCUCCCCAAUGGCAUCCGCGUCGCCACCGAAGCCCUGCCGGGCCACUUCUCGGGUAUCGGAGUCUACGUCGACGCCGGCUCGCGGUACGAGAACGAUGCACUGCGCGGAGUCAGCCAUAUCAUCGACCGGCUGGCCUUCAAGUCCACACGCUCCACCUCGGGCGACCAGAUGAUGGAGAAGGUAGAGACACUGGGCGGCAACAUACAAUGCGCGUCUAGCCGAGAGUCGGUCAUGUACCAGUCCGCCACGUUCAACUCCGCCGUCCCCUCCACCGUCGGUGUCCUUGCCGAGACGAUCCGGGAUCCAAUGGUGACGGAAGACGAGGUACAGCAACAGCUCGAGACGGCCGAUUACGAGAUUGGAGAGAUCUGGAGCAAGCCAGAGCUGAUCUUGCCGGAGCUGGUACACAUGGCAGCCUUCAAGGACAACACUCUGGGCAACCCGCUGUUGUGUCCCAAGGAGCGCCUGCCCUUCAUCAACCGUGCCGUUGUCGAGGCAUACCGAAAAGAGUUCUUCAAGCCCGACCGGAUAGUCGUUGCCUUUGCCGGUGUCAACCACAACGAAGCUGUCCGCCUGACAGAAGAGUACUUUGGCGACAUGGAGAAGGGCACCGGCCCAUCGCUCAUCGGUCUCGACUCUAAUAGUUCGGCUUCUAACAGCGCACCGCAACAGCAGAUGUUCACGGCCGAUCACCCAACACCCACCGGGGCACCACCGCAGACCUCGAAACUCCUCUCAAAGAUACCUUUCUUCAAAAACCUCUCCACAUCAGCCACCUCCAACGCUUCCGUAAAUACAUCACUCGACCUUAACUUCCCGCCGAUAGACACCUCGCUACCAUCACAAUACACUGGUGGCUUCCUCACACUACCGCCAAUCCCACCACCAGCAAACCCCAUGCUCCCCCGCCUAUCGCACAUCCACCUCGCCUUCGAAGCGCUCCCCAUCUCCUCGCCCGACAUCUACGCCCUCGCGACCCUACAAACACUGCUCGGCGGUGGUGGCUCCUUCAGUGCAGGUGGCCCAGGAAAGGGAAUGUACUCGCGUCUCUACACCAACGUACUGAACCAGCACGGAUGGGUAGAGUCCUGCGUGGCCUUCAACCACAGCUACACCGACAGCGGCCUCUUUGGCAUCGCAUCCUCAUGCGCCCCCUCGCACGUAACCCAAAUGCUCGAAGUCAUGUGCCGCGAACUCAAAUCGCUCGGCGACGAAACCGGCUACUCCGCCCUCAACGACGUCGAAGUCCAACGCGCGAAAAACCAACUCCGAUCCUCACUCCUCAUGAACCUCGAAAGCAGAAUGGUGGAACUAGAAGACCUGGGCAGGCAAGUCCAAGUUCACGGCCGCAAAGUGGGCGUCAAGGAGAUGUGCAAGAAGAUUGAGGACGUUACCGUAAAGGAUCUCAGGAGAGUGGCCCGCCAUGUUUUCGGUGGCCAGGUCAAGAACAUUGGAGGUGGGUCUGGAGCGCCGACCGUUGUCCUGCAAGAGGGUGAGCAGGAGGGGCUCAAGAGGAAAGAGUUCACAUGGGAUGACAUACAGACGAGGAUUGCGAGGUGGAAGCUUGGUCGUAAAUAG